CAAUAAAAGUAUCUUAAAAGCCCGUAUUACCAAAAAAUUAAAAAGAAAAUGGAAUGCUCGCGAAAAAUUAAAUAUUAUUACUUACUAUGAAGAAAAUAAAACUAACCUAAGUAUUAGAGAGACGUGUAGAAAUUUUAAUAUUCAACCGAAUCAACUACGUGACUGGAUGGAUAAAAAAGAUAUAUUAAUUAAAGCUUCGCCAAAAACCUUCAAGUUACAUAAUGGAAAAUUACCUCAAUAUCCACAAAUUGAAGAAAUACUAUUCG